AUGGUCGCACAAGGCUUCACUGUGGAUUUGAACAAGCCACUUGUUUUCCAGGUCGGCCAUCUUGGAGAAGAUUAUGAGGAAUGGGUACACCAGCCUAUUGUUUGCAAAGAAAGCCCCCGAUUUUUCGAAAAUGAUCUUCUAGAGUUUUUAACACUUAACACCUGGUGGGUGAUUCCUCUUGUGUGGCUUCCUGUUGUAUGCUGGUUCGUCAAGUCAUCUGUGAAUAUGGGCAUUUCUUCAAAUCAGUUAGCUGCAACGAUCGCUGCAGGCAUCUUUAUAUGGACAUUGCUGGAGUACACUCUGCAUCGCUUUCUUUUCCACAUUAAAACCAAAACAUACUGGGGAAAUACAAUUCACUACCUUCUUCAUGGAUGCCAUCACAAGCACCCAAUGGAUGGAUAUCGACUUGUUUUUCCUCCUGCUGCAACUGCAAUCUUGCUUGUGCCAUUCUGGAACCUGAUUAAGCUCCUAACACCAACACUGUAUGCCCCGGCUCUACUUGGAGGUGGCUUGUUGGGAUAUGUUAUGUAUGAUUGCACUCAUUACUACCUGCACCAUGGAAAGCCAUUGCAAGGAGUCUCUAGUAAAAUGAAGAGAUACCACAUGAACCAUCAUUUCAGAAUUCAGGACAAGGGAUUUGGAAUCACUUCAACCUUUUGGGAUAGGGUUUUUGGAACACUUCCACCCAAAUCAGGCAAAAAGCUUAGGUGA